UCUCUCUCUCUCUCUCUCUCUCUCUCUCUCGGCAUGGUUUCUGGAGUGCGGACUGAUGUUAAUCGUAUUCCAGAUUUCGAUCCCCCACAGAGACCAAAACGAAACAAGUAUGCCUCUGCCUGUGCCAUUUUGGCCUCCAUGACUUCUAUCUUAAUGGGCUAUGAUAUUGGGGUGAUGAGCGGAGCCGGAAUUUUCAUCCAGGACGACCUAAAGAUCUCCGACGUGCAGCUCGAAAUCCUGAUGGGCAUCAUCAACCUGUACUCCCUGCUUGGUUCCGCCGCCGCCGGCCGGACCUCCGACUGGGUGGGCCGCCGCUACACCAUCGUGAUAGCGUCCGCUAUCUUCUUCGUGGGAGCGCUCCUCAUGGGCUUCGCCACCAACUACGCCUUCCUCAUGGUCGGCCGAUUCGUCGCAGGCAUUGGCGUCGGCUACGCCCUCCUCAUUGCCCCCGUCUACACCGCCGAGGUCUCGCCGGCGUCUUGCCGGGGCUUCCUCACCUCCUUCCCGGAAGUCUUCGUCAACAUCGGAGUUCUGCUUGGAUAUGUAUCAAACUAUGCGUUCUCGAAGCUCCCGUUGGACCUAGGAUGGCGAUUCAUGCUCGGAGUCGGCGCGAUUCCUUCGGUGUUCUUGGCCGUCGGUGUGUUGGCGAUGCCGGAAUCGCCGCGUUGGCUAGUUUUACAAGGCCGACUCGGCGAUGCAAGGCGAGUUCUCGACAAGACGUCGGAUUCCAAAGAGGAGGCUCAACUCCGGCUGGCUGACAUCAAGGAAGCCGCCGGCAUUCCGGAGGAUUGCAACGAGGACGUGGUUCGGAUGACAAAGCGUAGCACCGGCCAGGGCGUAUGGAAAGAGCUCUUCCUUCACCCGACGCCGACCGUCCUUCACAUCCUCAUCGCCGGCGUCGGCAUCCACUUCUUCCAGCAAGCAUCCGGCAUUGACACCAUCGUGCUCUACAGUCCUAAGAUCUUCGAGAAGGCCGGCAUCACAAGCAAGUCCGAUAAGCUCCUCGCCACGGUUGCCGUCGGGUUCUCAAAGACCAUCUUCAUCCUCGUCUCCACCUUCUUGCUGGAUCGGGUCGGGCGGAGGCCAUUGCUUUUAAGCAGCGUGGGGGGAACGAUCGUGUGCCUCGGGGGUCUAGGAACUUCCCUGACGAUCAUAGAUCACUCAGAGCAGAAGUUGAUCUGGGCCACCGCUUUGGCAAUUCUUGCGACGCUAUCAUACGUGGCCUGUUUCUCGAUCGGCAUGGGGCCCAUCCCGUGGGUGUACAGCUCAGAGAUUUUUCCGCUGCGGCUGCGCGCACAGGGGACUAGCAUGGGGACGGGCAUGAACCGGUUGAUCAGCGGGAUCAUAUCAAUGACGUUCCUCUCGCUCUCUCACGCAAUCACGAUGGGGGGGGCCUUCUUUCUCUUCACGGGAAUGGCUAUGAUCAGCUGGGUAUUCUUUUUUACGCUACUCCCUGAAACACAAGGCAAAACCCUUGAAGAAAUGCAGGGCUUGUUUGGGACCUUCUUCAAGUGGAGGUCCACGGCGUGGGAAUUGGAGAUGAAGAAGCAGAAGCGACCCCUAUUAGCAGCUGAAUAAUAAUACGUGAAUUACUAAUAAGGGAAGCGACUUAACAAUGAGAGUAAAGUUAAGGCUCAAGCUUAGGCUCAGGUUCAAGUGGGAAGUAGUAGCAUUGAAAGGGUUAUGGGUGUCCAGGGGAUGAAGGGACGACAAUCCUUUGACAUUUAACCAAACUUAUUAUUAGCAUUUAAUUGGUGCCAUGUGUUGAAAUUUGAUUUGAGAAUGAUAGGCGUAUGCAACGCAUUGCUUCUGGUAGCCGCUGCUCCAUCUAAAUUAUCAAUUACUUGUACAAUUCAUUCAACAAGUACGGUGUCAAUUUCUUUUUUAAA